GUGCGGGGGGCGGACAGCAACAACCUGGCCAUGACGCGCCAAUCACAGCGCGACAUCUGGCUGCACCAGAUGCUGCCGCCCCGCGCCUGCCAGGGUCGGCGCCUGCUGCUCGUGCCGUGGAGCACAGGCAUGUACCAUGGCGUGGGGUCGCAGGUGCAUCUGAUGGGCGCGUUCCUGGGGCUGGCCAUGCUCUACAACCGCACGCUCAUCCCCCUCGCCAACUCCUUUGACCGCGCCAACCACCCCCACUGUCAAGCGACAGGGCAGCAGGGCGCGUGGGAGUGUUUCUUCUUCCCCAUGGUGUCCCCUGACUGCGAGGUGGAGCUCAACCGCCUGCGCGCACAGGACGUUAUCGGGGACUGCGUCACGGGGGAGGAGCUGGGCUAUGAUAGGGCUGCGCAGUCGGAGCAACAGGCGGUGUGUCUGGACCCCACCACGGACGUGUUCAUGAGCUAUGAGGGCCGCGUGGCAUGGCUGUGGGGCGAUGCUUACCUGGCGGACGCUGACGUGGUGGAGCAUGGUGGCCAUGUGGCGCCCACCAGCGCCGACACCAAGAUGGUGAGACGGGGGCAGGUGGGGCAGGCGGUCACGAGCAGAAGUGCGGACCUAGCCAGAGAGCCGUACAUGCAGCGGCCGAUAGUGAGCAUGCAUGUGAGGCAGAGCGACAAGCUGUCAGAGAUGCGGGUGCUGUCGCUGCCCGCCCACAUGUUCCUCGCCUACCGCCUGCGCCACGCCAUGGUGGACCUGCGACACGUGUGGCUCAACACGGAGGCUCAGUCAGUGAUCAACGAGACGGCGCACUACCCCGACUGGCACUUCCUCUUCGCCACCAACGCCCGCCAGCCAUCGGACUCGGAGCGCAUCCGCGAGUACGACGCCGCCCAGUCCGUGGCUGCCAGCCUGGCGAGCUUGCUCAUCGCAGCGCAGUGCGACGUGUUCAUCGGGUCGCUGGGGUCCAACUGGAGUCGCCUCAUCAACGAGCUCAGAGCCACUGGUGGUCGGCUGUACAGCGGAUUUGUGGCCAUGAACCUGGGCGAGUGGUGA